AUGACAUGUGCUGCCAAACCAUCAUCGCCGGGAAACUCUACUCUGCCAUCAAUCAAUGUGCAGCUGACACCUAUUCUGGACGUUGUGAACUACACGGGCAUCAAUGGAGAGCUUGCCAUGGGCAUCCAAUUUGCUAGCAACGAGACCCGUCUCGUGCUGCCCCUCGAAAUGGCAAAUGCACCAUCUGCGCAAUAUACCACGGAGACACUGGAAGCGUGGGACCGUCUUGGCCAGCUCAAGCUGAUCCAAAGCGAUGGCACUGGAUUAGACAGCCAGCCCAGCAGGUUUUGGGCUGUACAAAGAGCCACACAAGGUCCUGUGACAGUCCGGUUCAAAGCGAAGCCGCGCCAAACUGAUCCGGACGCCAUGGUAGGACCGUUGUUCGACAUUCGCGCCAACGGCGAUGGUCUCUUGGGCUCGACCUGGGCCCUUGUUCCACUACCGCCUGAUAGGACAGCGGAGUAUCAGUUCUCCUUGAGUUGGAAUCUCAAGCAUCCACCACAAGAUGCCAAGGCCGCUUGGACAUGGGGUGAGGGCCCGGCGCCUGUCACAAUCAGCGGCACAUCAGUAAAGUUUCUUUACACGUUUUGGGCCGUAGGGUCAAUGUCCGCUUACCCAGGCGACUCGGGCUCUAAGCCAUUGAGCCCAGACUACAGUAUGUACUGGCUCGAGCAACCCCCAUUCUACGUGGACCGACCAGUGUCAAGCAAAUCAACCGCCCAUAGUCGGAUUGGGGAUCUGGGCCCAGGAGCUUUAGCUGGUACAUUGCUGGCACGCCGCUCAUAA